CAAUUAAUGCUAAUUAAAAGCGUAAUGUCGUAAAUUUGUGACCCAUGCUGUUAUGGCCUUGAAUGCUAUUGUAAAUGGCUGUGUAUGAAAGGAAAUGCAUAUGUGUUACUACGAUAUUCAAUUAUACUCGUUAAAAAUGAGACGUAUUGUGAAAUUCGCAAAAUAUGAAAUUAUUGAUUUUUUGGUCGGUCUUAAAAGUAAAAUAAGACUUAACGCUUUCGUGUAUCAUCAAACAGAAGGUGCGAAAACCAUUUUCCCUUUAAUGGUGGAAACAUGUUAAGCUGAAAAUAAGUGGGUUUACAUGUGAUGGAGACGCUGGUGGCCGACCAGAGUGCCACGGUCGAGACCUCUCAGGCGGGCGGGGAUCAGUCGUCUACUGUAGGUAGUGGCACUGUUGGCCAGAACGACAGUGGACCACGAACUUCAGGAGCCACGGCACAGGCUAGGGCCAAUGGAACUGUGGUCCUUGCAUCCCCUGCCCAAGUAAAGCAUGUGUUUUCUUCUUCAUCACAGAAUACCCAGACAAUUGCUGUCCCUCAAGCUGGAGGAGGAGUAUCUAUUGUUCAUGUUGCUAUUCCUAAUCAACCUGUGCAUGUGCAGUCGGUUAUUCAACCUGGACCUAACCAACAGUCUGUGAUACAAGCACCAGGUGGUGCUACACUGCAAUCCGUUCAGAACAAUUUUCAACAGCUGCCAAAGAACGUGAUUUUGUUAAACAAGCUCACUACCCCAGGAUCUGUGAUUCACAGCACUGAUGGUGAUGCCAGUGUUCAUCCUGUACAGUUAAUCACAACUGCCAAGGAUGAAGAUGGUGGAACUGUAACUCUUGUGACUUCAGAAGAUCCUAAAAAAAGAAGGGAAAUCCUUGCACGCAGACCAUCAUAUAGGAAAAUUCUGAAUGAACUUUCUGCUACAGAUGCACAUGGGGCUACUCUUACUGCUGCCUCUGCUGCAGUGUUGAAGGAAGAGUCAUCAGACCAUGGAAUGACUGAUUCUAGUCAAGAACAAGAUAGUGGCACUAGUACAAUCACUUUAGGUGGUACACAGUAUACUACUACUGGUUUAUUAAAAGCUAUUCAGUUAGCUAAUGCUGCCACACAAGAUAGUGGAAUUCAAGGCUUACAAACUCUAACUAUGACAAAUACUGGUAGUGGGACAGCUAGUGCUAUUGUACAGUAUACUCAGGGGCAAGAUGGACAGUUUUUUGUUCCAGUGACAGUAUCUGCCGCUGAUCUUCAAGCAGCAUAUCAGCUUCGAGCUGGGGCUUCUACACCAACAGGAUUGACUCAAAAUGUGGUCUCAAACAUCCAGACUAUCCAGAAUCCUCAGCAGUUAGCAGAAGAAGCUUCUCGUAAAAGGGAGCUAAGGCUUUUAAAAAACAGGGAAGCAGCCAAAGAAUGUCGAAGGAAGAAAAAAGAGUACAUCAAAUGCUUAGAGAACCGAGUAGCUGUGCUUGAAAACCAAAAUAAAGCUUUAAUUGAGGAACUGAAGUCAUUGAAAGAACUCUAUUGCCAAAAGAACGAUUGACAGCUGAACAGUUAAUUCCAUCUUGAGCAACCCAGUUUUCAUAUAUGCAAAAAAGAAAAAAAGGCCACUGCAUGCCUUUCUUGAUGCAUUAAACAGCAAGAUCUGAGCAGAUUAUAUUUGGUGCCAAAUAAGAAAGUUCAAAUUUUAAGUUGGAAAGUGACAAAUUUUUUUUUUUAUAUGCCAUAAAUUAUUCAAUGCACAUGGUUCAUUUAUUUUCAUUAAAUUUCAAUUUAAUAAAAACUGAAGAUGUACUUUUCAUUUGAAAUCCAAUCCAAUAUUUUUAAUAUGAUUAAUGCAUUUAAUUUUCACUUCAAAUUGUUAUUGCUAAUGUGUGCUGUUAAAAAUGAAAGAGAAGUGUAUAUUUUUGCAUAUGCUAAAUGAACCUGAAAGACAUGGGCAUGUAUGUAACUGGCAGUUUGGGAUUUAACUGGGCUUUCUUUUUUGUGGUAAUAGAAGAUAUGAAGACAUGUGUACAUAUUUUACAUUUUGACUAACAUGUAAUUUUUGUACAUGAAAAGAAUUAUUUUUCUUGCCAUAAACAAAUGUAAUAUUUUAAACAUGGAAGUAGCAUAUAUAUUGAAUACAUUGUUUGUUUAGAUAUUUUAAAAACUGUUUGAUUAAGACUGCAUAAUCCUUAUAGUGUGAUUUAUGUUUGGAACCAGACUGUUUGUGAUAUUCCUAAUAUAUGGAAAAGUACUGUAUUUGUAAAGCUGCUGACUUUUUUUUGGUUGCAUAAUCUUGUAUUUAAAUAGACAGUUCUUUUCAUGUCUGUUUUUAUACUUCUGAGAGCAUUUUGUAAAAUUUCACUCAUAAUGUUGUUAUUUUUGCCAUUUGAUUAUUAUGCUUUCUUAAUUUCCAUUAAAUAUGAUGUUUAACUUUUUGGAUUUCAAAGAUUGAUUUCUUUCUUUCUUGUGUAAAUAUGUUUUCAGUUCAAUUUCCUGCUUUUUAACAGGUGUAUACCCAUACUUUAUCAUAAAUUUUGGCUGUAUAGCUUAGAAAGAUACUGAAUUUUAUAUUCUCUGUUAAUUUCGUUUGUUAGUGUUCAUUAUACUUUUUAUAAAUUUAAAUAUUUAUGCUUAGCAUUUUAUUGCAUUUAAAAAAACUUAAAAUAAUUGCAAAAUUAAGAUUAGUAUUACUAAUUAUAGAAUGAAUUUUGAUAAAGUAAUAUGCCAUCUUGAGUAAACUAGAAAAAUCAUCAAGUCCUUAACCCCUUUUUUAAAUCUGUAUUAAAACUAUUUGAAGUUACCACUAACUGGUUGUCCUUUGUGUUUUGAUUAACACAUUUUUGUUGAUCUUAAUUUAAAAAAUGGUUGUGUCUGUAAGGUAAGAGAGCAUUCAAACAUUUAAAAUUAUCUGUACUUCUAAAGUGGAAAAUUUAUUAUACUUAUAUGCUAUUUUGCAAUAUCUUGGUACAACUAGUAUAAAAAAAUUAUUAAAUGUGUUAUGAUUUUAAAAAAGGAAACACAAUAUGCGAUUAGAAUUGGUUAUGAAUUAAUGGGUAUGCACCUUUUCUAAGUAUUUGGUACUUAACUUCCAGACAUCUCUCUUUUGUAUAUUUUUAUGACACAUUUAUAGUUACUUUCAUAUGCAAAGUAUUUCAUUAUUUUUUUACUGUUUUCGACAAUAUCUUUUUUUUUUUUAUUAAGUAUUUCUCUAACAGCAGGAUGUCCAUAAGCAUGCAAAAAAGUAUAUCAUGGUAGAAAUAAAAUGUAUUGUGGUUUUCACACCAAAACUUCAUUUCCGAGUUUAAUGUAUUCACGAUGGCAGUUUUUCUGCACUUUUUUUUGUUUGUAUGAAAGAUAGCAUCAUUACUGUUGUUGUUCACAUUUUAAAGUAUUUUGUACAUAGUUGAAAUAUUUGCAUAUGGACAUCCUGCUACAGAGAUUUAUUUAUUUGUUAUAAUAAACUGUAUAUAUCCAUAAUAUUUGUAUAACUUUGUCUUAGAAUGUAUCAUAGCAUUUAAUUGCUUGUCAGUCUUAUUAGACAAGAAAAGCACUCAUCGUGAGUAUACUUGACUUGGAAAUGCAAGUGUGAGAACCACAAUGCAGAUUAUUUCUACCACUUGAUGUUUAAUUUUUUAUUGUCUUUGGGUAAAUACCAUGUUUCUUGAAAUAGUGGCAAGCUUUGUUAAAUGUAUUUUUAAAGGCCUUGCGUAUUUACAUCUUUGUAUGAGUAUUACUACGGUUUAAAUUUGCCUGUAUGCUAGAAAUAAAAUGGUAAACUUUGUACUUUACUUGUCUGCAAUCCCUUGCCUAGAAUCAGGCUCUUCUUUCUUUAUUAACAAUAUUACAAGAAUUUUCAUUUCCGUGCAUUCCUUAGCAGUUUCCCAUUUCAGAAUAAUUUUGUAUUAAUAAACUAGGGAUGGUUAAUUUUUUUCAUUAUUUAAAUAACUACUCUAAACAGCUUUAAAAUAUAAAUAUUUAUUACAACUUUCAUUUCAAAUUGAUUUUCAACUUUUUAAAUUGUUUGAUUAGAUGAAAAAAUGAUCUAUGAUUUGUAUUUUUGAAACAUAAAAUAUGCAAUCAUUUUAAAAAUAUUACAUGUCCUAUACUUGUAAAUUUUAUGAGUGGUAAAUCAAAAUGUAUUGUUGUCAGUUGUCUUAAUGCAUUAACUUCAUGAUUUACUUGUAAUGAAAAUGUUUUUUUUUUUUUUUUUCAUGCAUUUAAAACUUUUCACAGAAUACUUGUAAUUAGUUUAUUACUGGAAUAAAAUGUACAUUAUUGCUUUAAUUUUAUUUAAAAGCUCUGUGCAAAAUACUAAUGUUUGUAGAACAAUCAUAAAUUCCAUGUGAAGGAAAAAUUUCUCUUAUUCAUGAAUUAGGAAUUUAAAAAAAUAUUUAUUUGAUCAUAAUUUGCAUGCAAAUUCAAGUAAUUUAAUUUUUAGCUUGGCAAGAAAAGGUUCUGUAUUCUUUUAUUGAAAAAUACGAAGUGUUAAAUGAUGAAAAUAAAUCUGAUGUUAUAAAUUUGAAGGUAUUAUUAUACAUACUGAAAAGAAUAUUGUGUGAAUUUCUAGAGCCUUUUUUCACUAUUCUACCACCGUUCUGUUAAGCUGGAAUAUAUAAAUUUUGACGGCCAUAUUUAUUUUUCCCAGUUAUUUAUGAAUAUAUGAAACAAAAUGUAUUCAUUUUGAUAUUAGCAAUUUUCACUGUGUUAUUACUUAUUCCAAAUCUAAAUUUUUCCUUUUAAAAUUAAAUAGCUCUAGAUACACAUCUAAAACUGAAUAUUCUCCAUCCCUUUAGUAAACUCUCUUAUUAAUAAACUGGAUAUUAAAAGAGCUACUUAUAUAAAUAUAGAAGCUACUGUAAAAUUAUAUAUUAUAAUAAUUUAGUUUUGUCAUUACAUGCGAACAGUUCUAAGGUAUUUGCUCAAUAUCAGUGCUUUAAAUAUUUGCCAUAAUAUUUCAAAAAAGUCUCAGCAUUCCGUAGAAAAUAUUUUGCAGAUCAGAUGUAAAUUUAUAUUGUACACUUUUAUAAUUUUUCAUCAUGAUAAAUGCAGAUUUUUCUUGGUAAUAUUCAAAAGAAAAGUAAAUUAUCUCAGACAUACAUAUCUUCAGUAUAUGAAAUGACAUGAAGAAUGUCUUUGAUACUGAGAUUUAAAAUACAUGUUUUAGUUAACUGUAUUUAAUUAAAUAAUAGUGACUGUUACAAAUGAAAUUCAGUUUCAUCUUUUGUUCCUGAUGCUGUAUUUUUCUAUUAUAAGUUGUUGCACUUUAUAAAAAAUUUGAAUAAUUUAGUCCUGGACUUGCUCAACAAGAUAAGUUUGCAGAUUUGAACAUUUAUUAUUAUUGUGAAUAUUGUAUAAUAAGUGAAUUUGAAUAAAUAACUUAAUGGUUGA